AUGCGAUCAUUCAAGAUUUUCACUUUAUUGGUUGCAGGAGUUCAUUGCUCUCUGACCUACAAAGGAGUAGACUGGUCAUCCCUCCUCAUUGAAGAGGCAGCGGGAUACUCGUACAAGAGUGGGACAACUCAACCUCUCGAGACGAUUUUGAAGAGUAGUGGGGUCAAUACUGUCAGACAGCGAUUAUGGGUCAAUCCAACAGGAGGAACCUGUAAUCUUGACUACAAUAUCAAGCUUGCAAAACGUGCUAAAGCUGCUGGUCUCGGUAUAUAUCUCGACCUGCACUUAUCUGACACCUGGGCAGACCCUAGUCAUCAAGCAGCCCCUUCAGGCUGGCCCUCAAACAUCAACGACCUCUCCUGGGCGCUCUACAACCACACCCUCCUCGUCUCCAACGCCUUCGCCGCGGCCUCACUCACACCAUCCAUUAUCUCGAUCGGCAACGAGAUAACCGCCGGCCUCCUCUGGCCCCUCGGAUCCACAAGUUCCUAUGCCAACAUUGCGCGCCUCCUACACUACGCCUCCGCAGGAAUAAAAGACUCUUCCCUCUCCCCGCAGCCAAAAAUAAUGAUCCACAUCGACAACGGGUGGAACUGGGAUACCCAAAAUUACUUCUACACAACCGUUCUAUCUCAAGGAACGUUGAGCGCUUCGGAUUUUGAUAUCAUGGGUGUAAGCUAUUAUCCGUUCUUUAGCGCCCAAGCUACGCUCGCGAACUUGAAGAGCAGUUUAACGAAUAUGGCGAGUACCUGGGGCAAAGAGUUGGUGGUAGCCGAGACGAAUUGGCCAGUCAGUUGUCCGUAUCCAAGCUAUGCUUUUCCGUCCGAUACGGCGUCGAUACCGAAGAGUGUGGCGGGACAGACGAUGUGGGUUAAGGAUGUUGCGGGUGUGGUGGCUGGGGUGAAUGGAGGAAGUGGAUUGUUUUAUUGGGAGCCGGCUUGGAUCCAGAAUGCGGGGCUGGGGAGCAGUUGUCCGGAUAAUUUGAUGGUUGAGCAGAGUGGUGCUGUGAGGGCUAGUUUGGGGGUCUUCAAUUCGAUUUGA